AUGGAUUCCCCUAGUUUCUCUUCCAUGGUAAAUUUUUACUACAAAGAGUUUUUUGCGGACGACGAUGAAACCACCGAUGAGGAGGUCGCGCAAGAGGCGGUUACGAGUGCUUGUCAACUAGCGGCGAGAUAUGUGAAGCAUUGUCGCUGGCCCGAACCUGAAAUUAAAACAAGAGGUUAUGUUGAACAAGAUCGACGCGCGGCACACGAUCGGUUGAUGAAAGAUUAUUUUCAUGAGCCGCCGACAUUUUCGAACCAAAAAAUUUUUAGGUGUCAUUUCCGAAUGAGUAAGCGUUUGUUUCUACGCAUCGUCGACGACUUGGAAACCAACUACUAUUAUUUUAAACAAAAAGCAGAUGCGAAAGGGACACUUGGAUUUACCGGUAUUCAAAAGUGUACGUCGGCCCUACGAGUCCUUGCUUACGUAAACACAACCGACAUCGACGACGAGUAUUUAAAAAUGGCCGAGAAAACAACGCGAGACACCUUGGAGCAUUUUUGUCGCGGUGCGCGUUAUCUUAGAACGCCCACAUGGGACGACCUUCAAAAGAUCUACGAGGUACAUUCGGCUGAGCAUAGUUUGCCUGGUAUGAUCGGGAGCUUGGAUUGCAUGCAUUGGCGAUGGGAUAACUGCCCGACCGCAUGGCGAGGUCAACACACACGGGCUGACCAAAAAGGACCUACUGUUAUCCUUCAGGCGGUUGCCUCACAGGAUCUUUGGGUUUGGUAUUCGAUUGUCGUGAAGACGUUUAGUGAUCCUAUCGAUGAAAAAAGAGCACACUUUAAAAAGAUUCAAGAAUCUUCACGAAAAGACACUGAGAGAUGCUUUGGGGUUCUUAAACAACGAUGA